UGAAGUUAACAACAGCUGCUUGUGAAGGACGUUAGACGACCUUGCUAACUUCAGUUGGAAACUUUGACAGUUACUUAGGUUUUGAGGUUAAUUAACGUUAGUUUGGAUAUCAUUGACAGUUGUUUUUAAAAGCAUGUCGAUUAACAGUGAGCUACCUUUCCUUACAACAUUUCGUAAUGGAGUUAAAAUUGUACGAUUUAAUAGGCCAGAAAAGAAAAACUCCUUUUCGUUAGAAUUCUACAAGACAUUCUCCAAUAUAUUAAACGAAGAUGCUCAAGAUGAUGACAUUAAAGUAACAAUAAUUACUGGAAUUGGCGACUAUUUUUGUAGUGGAACUGAUUUGAAUUUUGAUGCUGCAAAUAUCGAUAUUAACAAUUACUUGGAGGAAAACAGUUCCAUAUUUAAACGUUUUGUUCUUGCGUUUAUUAAUUACCCUAAACUGCUUAUAGCUGUGGUAAAUGGCCCUGCUAUUGGAGUUGGUGUUACAAUUUUGGCACUUUGUGAUAUAGUUUAUGCAUCUGAAAAAGCAACAUUUCAGACUCCAUUUCUGGAUCUUGGGCUCUGCCCAGAAGCCUGUUCGAGUUAUUUGUUUCCUUUAAUAUUAGGAAGUAGUAAAGCUAAUGAAAUGUUGUUAUUAGGAUAUAAAAUGGAUGCUCAAGAAGCAUACCAAUUUGGUUUAAUAUCGAAAGUUAUACCACACAGCAAAUUAAACCAGUUUAUUGAAGACUUAUCAAAGUAUGGAAGCAUACCUAUUGGUUCUUUAAAAAGAUCUAAGGGGUUGAUAAGAAGAAUACCAAGAGGAAUAUUGUCUGAAGUUAAUGAUGCUGAAGUUACAGUAGUUAAAGAGUGUAUUAUGUCAGAAGAAUUUUAUGAAAGCCUAGCAAGAUUCCUUGGUAGAAAAAACAAAAGUAAACUGUAAUAUGUCCUUAAAAACAGAAGGUUAGUUUAUGCAUGUGGGAAAUUUUUAAGGGGAAUGGAUGAUAAUAUUUAAAGAAACACAUAUGUAGAUACUACUGUUUAAAACAGUUUAAUAUGUUAUUGAAUAUUUCCUGUGAUAAUAAAAUUUAAUGUAUUACUUUUUAAAAA